AUGAGUGAAGACAAUCCACGGGCGCGACCGCGCAGGCGCAAUGUAUUGCAUGAAAAACCGCAGGAAUUACUUUUUGCAUGGAGCAGCGACUUGUGCAAUAGCGAGGAGGUGCCAGAAGUUGAAAUCGUCAGUCUUCUACAAGAGCAUAUUCCUAAGUAUCGCCUAAGAGCUGACAGCAUUACCAAGUUUGGAGGUUACGAAAAUCAAGAUUGGUUCAUUCCAUCCCCGGCGCUGCCGGAAAGUCCAGAAGACCUUGCCUUCACGUCUGACCAGAUCAGGGAAACGCUCAACUAUUUUCAUGGAAGAUGCAUAGAUAACAGUUUAAGUCCGCCAAAGCGAUCGCCGACCGGCGCCAGCUGUGCGUCGCAGUCACUUUUGUGCGGUCAGAGCGCGUGCGCGACGCUUCCGCGAACUCCAGUGGCGGUCGCGCCGCGCGCCGGUAGCCACGCGACACGCGCGCUUACCCUUCGCCGAUCGAUACCGCUACACCCACCUUUGCGCAUCUCAUGCACCCAUACAAAAACUGCGCCAAACAUAGACACCACGGUGCACCGUUGCUCCGAUAAUACCGUACCCGUCCUUAUUUAUCCUCUAACUGUAUUGAUGGGAUUUGAAGUUCACGCGGGGUACGCGAGCGUUUCGCGUGCCUCGCCGCCUCCCGGCUUCGAUCGCGAGCUCUUCCACGAGCUAAGCUGCCUUCCCGAUUCGGAACUGCGCGAAUGCCUCGGCGAAUAUCCAGACUUCCUCUACCAUCUUGCCCGGGAUAGGUUUGGACGUGUCUACUUUCGCGUCAUACGGACGUUGCUCCUUGAUAGAGUUCUAUGCAGCAACAGAGUGAGCCAAAUGACAAAAACUUACAAUGACAUAGAAGCGGUUACAAGGCUAUUAGAAGAGAAAGAGAAGGACUUGGAGUUGACGGCUCGUAUCGGCAAGGAAUUGCUGACUGCGAACGGGCGUCUAGAGGCUCGUGUCACCGCCCUCGAAGGCGAGCUACGUGGUGCGCGAGACCUCAUCACUCAACUCAAGCACGAACUCAGCGCGAAGACUGAUUUACUCCAGGUGCUGACAAAUGAUACAGAAGAGGGUUCCCCAACGGAGGAAAAGGAGGCGGCGACGGCGGCGCUGUUGCGGCGUCGUGCCGGGGCCCUGGAGCGAGAGAACAAAUCCCUACGAGAGGAGGCCGCUCGCUUGGCAGCGGGCGCUGACUCCGCAGAGCUGGCGGAGAGGCAACUGCUCCGAGAUAUCGCUGCUCAGCUAGCGAGUGCUAAUUCAGAGACAAGUGAACUUGGCUCUGAAUUAGCUGAAGAGAGGCAGCGAUCAUCAGAACUGCAGCAGCAAUUAGAUUCAAGCAAUGCUAGACUGGCUAUUACAGAACGAAAUUUACAACAGCUAACCACGGAACAUGAACAUACACUUCGAAUAUUGGAAAUAACGAAAGAGAACCAAAAUGCGCUUGCUGCAGAGUUGGCUGAUAUCAAGGAACGAUAUGCGGAGGUGGCUGCACAUUUGGCCGAAGCUCAAGAGGCUCUACGGCAGGCCAGGAAACGCGGUGAGCCGGUUCGCGGGCUCAUGCCCAGCGUUGCGGCUGCUGCUGGGCUGCUUCCGGCCAGUUUACACCGAGAGAUGCACUCUUCUGUAUAUUCGGAGCUGAGUCUAGACUCCGGCAUUGGCGACCCAUUGGCACAUUCCAGCAUGCAAAAAGUGUUCGAAACUGUACAAUGCGCGUCGCGUUGGUCCGGAGCGUCGUUGUCUGGAUCAGAAACGGAGAGUGCGACCAAACCCAAGCCCAAGGUCAAGACAAUAUCCACCGACAGUUUCUUCGAGGAUAUUUCAGAUACGGAGUCAGAAGACUUGUAUCCUGGUGGUGCGGGCGUGGGAGUUCCCGGUGCUCCAGGUGCAGCUGAAUUAGCUGCUGCUUUACGAAGACUUACGCCACAGGAGAUAGAUUCGCGACGGGCUUCCCUCUCUGCAUCUCAUGUGUUGCGACAGCAUAGGCGUACUGAUCGUGAAAUGAGUGAAGAAAGUGCUGUAUGGGGUGCUGGCGCAGCUGGUGGCGUGGCUCGAUUCCGAACCCCCCACAAGUUGCAGAUCGUGAAACCACUAGAGGGCUCCCUUACCCUUCACACCUGGGCUCAGCUUGCUAAGCCUAACAUGUCCGGCUUACUAGAAGAACAGGAAGGAGUGGGGGUCCGGGGUUCAAGGUCAGCUCAAGCCCUCGGUCUGCGAAUGUACCGGCUCUCUGAUGUUGAGGAAGACGAUGAUAUGCUGAGGUUGCCGCAUUCCAGUCACAUUUACACAUUUACCAAUAGCACCGUGUUACAUCCAAACGAUGGCAGCCUCGUAGGUAGCAGUGUAAGCAGCGUAUGCAGCAGCGGUAUGAGCAGCCUAUCCAGCAGCGUUCUAGGAAGCGCGUGGAGCUCCCGUCUCACCUCCAGACGAUCGUCCGCUGCGGUAUCUCCAGUUCUAUCUCGACGAGAAUCGUUCUGUACUCCCAGCGCGCCCCCGUCGCGGCCUCACUUCACCCCAACUGCAACACCGGCCAAUAGUCCACUGCUUGGUUCGCCAGAUUCCUCUCCUCCUCCCACACCGCGACCGGGCGAUGCACCACCCUCCCUCCACGCGUUGAUCGCAAGCGGAACCUCCAUUCUCCGACGCCGGUAUCUAACCUCUCCUUCUGCAGAUGGCUCACCGGCCCCCCUCGCUCUUCAGACACCCGGCUCAUUAUAUACCGGUCUGGUACAUCGAAGUCCUAUGGAACAGUUGACGUGUUUGAAACGCACUCUGCGUUCGCCCGCUGCGCCGCCAGCCGAACGACCGGACGUCGCAGACGCCCCAGUCGCUCCCCUCGGGGUACCGGCCCACCCUGGACAGGGUGCCUUGGAGACAAAUGGCACAAACACAAUAGGCAGACGGGGUAGAGCACAACGGGCACCUCGACCGCGAGCCGAUCUCGGUACCGUUGGCGUCGUACCGAAGUCUAAUAACAGCACUCCGCUUAGUUCCUCGCCGCUCGGCACGCUCAGCACCUUCCUAUUUGGCAGAAAAGGUGGAUUACUGUGA